AGACAAUUUCAUAGUCGACCCCGGGGGUUAGGACUAAGGCUUUAUAUCUGUUGUCGGAUUAAAAGAUUUAUAGAUUAUUUGCUUGUCGUAGAGGGUGUAUCGACUUCAGAAGGCGUGGAUAUUUGCAAUUUGCCUUGUGCUAGAAUUUCCCCAGUCGGUGUGCAGCAUAUAUGAGAAUUUGCGCACGCAGGCGAGGCGGUAUUUUCGUUCAAGUGCCACGUAAAUAAGAGAACAGGACCAAUAAGAUUGCCUUAGGAUAAAAAGUCCCGCGACGACGCACAUGGGUGAUCGCUGUGACAAAACAUUUCAUUUGCAUUAAAGAGUUCAUAACGCAGGUAUUCUGGACACAGGUAGCACGAUAUGGCUACCUCUCAUCUGGUAGUGACUUUCUGUGCCACUGCUGGCAAGAAUGGGGAAGAUUUAGGAGUGGACGAGGAACAAGUUGUGCUUUUUGUGUAUUUGUUAUUCGACGUGCUUAACUGCAAGGUUGUCGCUGUUCAACAACAUUAUGUAAAACCUCAACCCUCAGAAACGACAGAAACAGUUCUAACAGAAGAAUGCAAGACAGAGACUGGUCUCAACGAGGAAGCCAUCAAGCAUUCCCAGCCUCUAGAACACAUCCUGGAUGAGUUCGACCGAUUUUUGUCUUCGAAAGGCGUCCACCCAGAACAUGGAGGGAAGUCAUUCUGUGUGUUAACAGACGGACAGUUGCAUCUCCGACAAUGUCUCCACCCAGAGGCUGGCAACAAAAACAUUUCACUGCCAUCAUACUUUUACAAGUUUUACGAUAUACGGAAAGAAUUCAAGAAGUUCUACAAAACGGACAGUAUUCCUAAUAUUAAGGCCAUGUUAGAUUAUUUAGGAUUACAAGAAGACAACUCAGUAGAAUAUGGAAUUCGACACUGUCAAGAGAUGGCGAAUGUUCUUCACAGAUUAAUCAACGACGGGCAUGUGUUUGGGGAACCAGAAAUAAUAAACGAACGCCUAGAACCCGGUAUAUGUAGCAAAUCUGACAUGGUAGAUGACAACCAUGUUGUUCGAGCUCGCGGUCUUCCAUGGCAAUCUUCCGACCAAGACAUAGCACGGUUCUUUAAAGGGUUAAACAUUGCAAAAGGCGGUGUGGCUCUUUGCCUAAGUCCCCAGGGAAGAAGGAAUGGGGAAGCGUUAGUGAGAAUGGAAAACGACGAAAAUAGGGACUUGGCACUGAAAAGACACAAGCACCAUAUUGGUCAGAGGUAUAUCGAGGUGUAUAAAGCCACCGGAAAAGAUUUUGUCAACGUAGCCGGGGGAAGCAAUUCAGAAGCUCAAGCUUUUCUCUCAAGAGGAGGCCAAGUCAUCAUACGAAUGCGUGGUUUGCCAUUUACAGCCACAGCGCAACAGGUGCUAGAGUUCUUCGCUCGAGAUCCCUCCGUCUCGGUGUUGGAUGGCGAGGAAGGGAUCCUGUUUGUUCACUAUCCUGAUGGGAGAUCAACUGGUGAUGCUUUUGUUCUUCUUGCCUCAGAAGAGGAUUCUGUAGCAGCCUUGAAAAAACACAGAGAGAUCAUGGGAACUCGUUACAUUGAACUGUUCAAAAGUACUACCGCUGAAGUUCAACAGGUUCUUAAUAGAAGCAUGGACCCACGAAACCCUGAACCCCAGGAAACCUCUCUGCCAGCAAUUCUCACUCAGUUGACUCCACAAAGCCAGCUUCCUUACAUUCCACAAAGCCUCAUCACCAGCGGCACGCGCCGCGACUGUAUCCGGUUACGAAACAUUCCAGGUGGCGCCCAGGUCACGGAUAUUCUUACAUUUUUGGGAGAAUUUUCUCAGUUCAUCAUCUUUCAAGGUGUUCAUAUGGUUUACACAGCACAGGGUGAACCUUCUGGGGAAGCGUUCAUUCAAAUGGACUCUGAAGAAUCUGCGCAGCUUACGGCAAUUAACAAAAACAAGAGGCCUAUAGUCUUCGCCCAGAAGAAGAGGAUUAUUGACGUCAUACAGUGCUCUGGAGAGGAUAUGAAUCUCGUAUUGACAAAUGGUAUCCCUACAACAACUAUACCGUCACCACAACAGAUACCUUUUAUACAGAGACCGAUUCUUUCCCAAGCGACGCCAACACUCAUUCCAACGUCUUUGCCAUCACUGCAGCCGGCAACAUUGCCACUUGCCCACUUGCCACAACAUCUUCAGACGGCCACAUUUCCGCCAGCUAUGAUGUCCGCUCCUCUCGCAGCGGCUCCCCGACCUACCUACUUUCCCCAGAUUGUUUACUGGUACCCUAGCCCUCCUAUUUCUCCACAAAGCUAUGUCACACAUACAGGGUCUCCGACACUUGUCGUUAUGAGAGGCCUUCCUGUCAAUGCACAAGUUCAAGACAUUUUGAACUUCUUUCAAGGUUUUCCAGAGGUAACUCCAGAGAACAUCCAGAUCCAAAUUUUACCUGAUGGAAGAUUAACAGGGGAUGCCUUAAUUUCCUUCAUGACACGGUCGGAAGCAGAGCGUGCAAUAGCUCAGAGAAGCAAACAUACAAUUGGUCAGUGUAUCAUAGAGCUGUUCCUAGCCUGAAGUUAGAUGGUAAAGUACACAGUGUGACAAACAGAAAACAAAUCACGCAUCAUGUGUUCAGAUUUUUCCAGGGUCAAAACAGAUCUGUUUAUUUCAGCAAUUUACAAGAUUUUUGUAUUAUUAAUGUAGUAAUAUAUUUAGGUAAUCUCAUAUUUCUUUAAUAGAUUUAGCUUAAAUCUUCAGCGUGAAAUAGAUGGUGAACACUCAUGGCAAAAUCUAGCAAUAGUUCAUUAUUUCCAGUCAAAAUCUUGCCUGUCUCAAUCUGAUUUCUGACUUUUUGCCAUGUUUGUAUCAAAAAGGUUGUAAGGAAUUUUAUUCUGUAGAUAAGAAUGACGUUGCUAAUUAAUGGUGUGAUAAGUGCUUGCAAUGAAUUAACUUAUGUUUUGAUAUACGAGGAAAACUUGCAAGAGUUUAUAUAUCUUGACUUCAUUGUAAAAAGCUAUAAAUUAAUAUGCAUAUACAAGUGCCUAGUAUUGAGCAUUGAGUCUAGUAUUGUUAUAAUGUUACGAAAUGAUCGUGAAUUUGAAAGUUUAUUUUGUUUUUUGUUUUUGUUGUUUAUGUUUACAUGAAAACAUAUCACUCCAUGACGUUUGUUGAUAUUUUUUGUAUUUUAUAAAAAUGUAUAAAAUCAAGAAUUUUAAAUUUCAAGAGAAUUUGAUUUUUAAGGUAAUUUGAUACCAUAAAUAAUUUUUAAAAGGUUUGAUAUACCAGAUCGUCAAAUCAUUGUAAAAUAUGCACAAAAAUAAAUCUAUGCAAUACAGCGAAAUCAAAUUAAAUAUCUAUAUGUUCUAGUCAUUUUUGUUGUCUAACAUUUAUUACCUGUAAAAAAAAAAUACUAGUAAUUUUAUAUUUAGCACACUCAUGAUACUUCAAUUGGAUCUGGUUGUGAUUGUAAUCUCUUGUUUUGUAUAUAAGCCAUGACAGCUAGUUUUCAACCUGUAGGAAAUAUGUACAGAUGCAUCUCAUAGAUUAUGAAAUCAAAGUAGAUAUUACUAUUGUGCAAUAUCCAAAACGAGUUGCGUUAAAAUUUUCCAUGAUUUUUAGUUAUGUGUUUUUUAAUCAUUAGUUUGUUGUCCUAACCAGCGAAUUCUGAAAUGAUUAGAAAAAUGUGUUAAAAAGGAACAAUAUCUUCUGUAUUGAAUAUGAUUAAGAGGACAUUUUUCUUAUUUAAGACAACUAUACAGAUGUACAUCAUAGUAAUGUUUCAGUAAUGUACAUAUUUUCUAAAUAUAUUGAUAUUUUUGACAUUUCAUUCCUACGCAUAAUUGUACAUUUUUGUAAAUACUGCUGAUAUGAUACUUCCGAUGAUUUUAGAGUGUCGUAGAUAUGAUUAUAACAAUGUUAGUUUAGACUUUAUACAUUCAUCAUAUAUAAUUUUCAAAAACAAAAUGGCAAUAAACAACUUAGAAUUGCAGUGGUGGUGGUGCUGUAUUUGUUUUGGUGUUUGGUGGUGGCUUUUUGCUUGUUUUUAUUCUCCAUUAUUCAUCGUGGAAUUGCGCAAUACACUCAAUAAUUUUAUGCCAUAGCACACGUGUGAUUUCACCAGGACGGAGACUAGCACUAAUUCCAAAACAGCAUUUAUAUGGUGGCAGAAUAUACAUAUCAUUUUGUAGAGUUAUUUGCUCUUGGUAUUUUUUGUGCGGGACUAGUGUUUAUUAAUUGGACUGCACAACAAAACAUGCGCAAACACUCACAUAAUUUAGCCAUGAUCAUAUCAGCUUAAUUGUUACAUAUAUUGUAACACACUUUCAUUUUACUUGUAUUUAAUUGUGCAAUAAGGAUUAUGGACUAUGUUUUGGAAUGGUUGUGGUUUUAAAAUUAGUUGGGUUUUUAAUUUUGGGGGUGAUUUGGUGCACGAAUGCGUUCUGUGAUAUAUUUAUUUGAAGUAUUUUAACACUCUUUUACAUAACUUUAUUACGUCUAUUAAACAAUUAUUACAAAUGAAAAAGUGGAAAAAGAAAGAAAAAAACUGUCCAUUUCUUUAUUGACAAUUAAAUUGAAAUGGUAUAAAGUGUGUGGGUAUUAUGCGCAACUUCCCUUUUUGAUGUGGAUCUGGUUCAGUUGCUCGUGGAGCCGGUGAAGGGGUGACUCUUUAUGCUACAAAGGGAUCACUAAAUGAAUGAAUUUAUUCUGUGGAGUCUUUGGUGCGUCAGGGAUAAAGGUGUUACUGUGGGCUUUUACUAAAGGUGACCAGUCCUACUACACGAGUGCUGCAAACCCUGGAAAAUAUUUAACAUGUUCUUUGCUUGGGAAGGCAAGAUGUCAUGCAUAUGUUUUAAGUGCCAUACCGUAAAACAUGUAAACAGAAAAUUAAUACUCGUAUUAGUUUCUAAAUAAUUUCGACAAGGAAGAAAGAACUUCUUCCUUCCGUAGAAGUCAAAAGUUGUUAAUUUGUCUCAACCAAUAUGCCAUCUUGCUGCUGGUUUUAUACCUGUGCAAUACAAACCUCUAGCUGACCUCGAUCUAAUCAGAGUCAAAACGGAGCAUGCGGUUACUAGUCAAGGAAUAAUUUGCAUGAUUUUACUAUUUAUUUAUUCCUACAUAUCACUAUCUUUUGUUUUAUUCACCAGUAUGUUGUUCUUGUAUAGAUUGUAGAGAGUGUUUUAGUUAUACAUAAUUUUACAUUAUUUAAUGCGCCGUCAACGAGCUUCAUUUAUACACACCAUACAUAUCAUAUUGACUAUUGCUGCAGUAAACUAUGCUCGCCCAAUAUACUAGUCACUGUAUUAUGAUGCAGUGUUUAUUGUUCGAGCAUUGACCAAGCUUGGAAGGUGGCAAAGAUUCCUAUAUGUGUUCAGGUAAAAAUAGAAUAUAUACAUAGAUAUAUAUAUAUAUGAUAUAAAUACAUAUAUGGACAAGUGAAACAUUCUUGUUCGAGAUGUUGAUGUGUCGCAUUGCAUUUACAAUUUUUAUUAUUUUAUGAAAUUUCGCAUUAUUAAGCAAUAAAGUAUAUGUUGAUCAUU